GUGUCAGUUAAUUUGGGCCGCGCAUCGCGUUCGGUCUCGUUCGUAAUAGAUAGAAGUGAAAAAUUUUGAUCCAAGUACCACACAGUGAGGACGCCGCGCGUUGAAAACAACGCUCUUAUAUUAAUAUACACAGAAUCGAAUCGAUUUCACAAUCGAGGAUAUGCAUUCCCGGCGACUAAAUAAUGCCUCACUGCUGCUGUUCGCCAUCCUGCUCGUGGUACUGGGCACGCCCGGCGACGCCUGCAUAACGCGCAGCGGCCACGAGGGCGUCUGCAAGAACAUCAAGUACUGCCGCUCGAUCAUGAGGAAGCUCAUGAUUCACCCGUCGAGGCGGGUGCUCGCCGAGCUCCGACAAUUCAAUUGUGGCUUCGAUGGCAUGGAGCCGAUGGUCUGCUGCGAGAAAUCCGGCAACAGCCACGAGAUCUCUACCUCCACGACGACGUUGACUAAAACGACAACUACGACGGCGACGACGUCGACUACGCCAAGGCCGAGGCCCGAGUACCACGAGGAGCCAAGCCGACAGAUGCCCGAGUACGGCGCGAGUUCGAUCACGGCCACGGGACAGCAGGCAAAAGCUGCGGAGCGGCCCAACUCGAGAGGCCACAUGCACCCGAACGCGCGACUGCUCGAUCAUGAGCUGUGCGGCCGAUCGCCGGCCCUCGCGAAAAUCUACGGCGGCAGCGAGACUCGCCUCUUCGAGUUUCCCUGGAUGGUCCUGCUCAAGUACAACGACUCGUCCAGUAACAAGUCCGGCUCGGCCGCGGAUCCGGAGCCCUUCAAGUGCGCCGGCACCAUCAUCAGCCGCAAGUACAUCCUCACGGCGGCCCACUGCGUCGCUCAGCUGCCCAAUCUGAAACUGGCCGGGGUGCGGAUCGGCGAGCACGACCUGUCGAGCGAGAUCGACUGCGAGAGCUACGGCAACGACUCGGCCCUCAUCUGCGCCAAGAAGUAUCGCGAGCUCGAGAUCGAGUGGAGCCUCGUGCAUCCGGCCUACUCGCAGGUCACCUGGCAGAACGACAUCGCCCUCGUGCGGGUGCGCGGCUCGAUGAGCUUCAAGCCGGCCAACGUCCGGCCGAUCUGUCUGCCGCUGGACGAGGCGAGCUCGCGCGCCCUCGGCCCCACGGCCCUGGUCACGGGCUGGGGCUCGACCGAGGCCACCUACCCGACCACGACCUCGCGCCUGCGCAAGGUCAGUCUGCCGAUCGUCGACACGGACAGGUGCCGCAAGGCCUACUCGGACCAGCCCUUCAUGGAGAUCAGCGCCGAGAGGCAGCUGUGCGCCGGCGGCCAGGAGGGUCGCGACUCCUGCAGCGGCGACAGCGGCGGACCCCUCCAGGCGAGCGGACCCUAUCGCGGCGCCGACCGGACCAUCCAGCACGGCAUCGUCAGCUACGGCCGCCAGAGGUGCGCCAUACCCGGCGUGCCGGGCGUCUACACGAGGCUCGCGCCCUACGUCGACUGGAUACUCGACAACAUGACCGAGUAAAAAUAAUAGAUUAACGAUUUUUCGACGGCGCUUAUGAUUUUCGAUACUCUGUAUAAUGAUGCAGGUCGAUGGAAUGAUUAAGCUCAAGACUUCCGCGCUCUCUCGUGUGCGCGUAAAAACGACGAGUAUAUUUUAAUUAAAUUAAUUGUAUUUUAGUGUUUAGCUGUCCCCCGUUCGUAUGAAACAUAAAAAUACCCGGAGCUUAUAAAUACUAUUUAUAUUAUAUAAUACAUAGCCUAAUAAAGCGUCUGUGUG